UACCCACCAUGGUUGGCAGUGUGUCACCCCCUUCCCUGAUCUGGCUCAACAGCUGACUAUCUAAACUUGCAGCCCCUCUGUGGUGCAGAAACUCAUCGUGGGGAAAGAGGGAGUUGUAAGUAGGACAGAGCAGUCUGGCCCCCUUCCAUUUGAACCAGAAGCACAGAUUUGCAACAGGGGGAAGAGAAGACACUGGUCUUAGGUGGAGAGAGAAAAGGAGAAGCGACUCUCCGAGAGGCUUUGCUGCUGUCGCCGAGGACGGAAGACUUUGGGACACCGACCAGCGUGUCCACACUGCAGAACAUCCAAGGCUAUUGAUUUUUUUUAUUCUACGUCAGGGGAAGAAUUAUCCCUGAACUGAAAUCCCACCACUCGGAAAAAUGCACAAGCGUACCAAGAUAAAGAUAGCCAUCUUUGUGUUGCUGGUGGGCAUGGCGUGCAUGUUCACGGCGGUGGUAACGGACCACUGGGCAGUGCUUAAGCCACAGGUGGAAGUGCUCAAUGCCACCUGCGAGGCGGCCCACUUCGGCCUGUGGAGGCUGUGCAAGAAGCACAUCUACAUCGCCUCGGAAAACUAUGACCCAAAACACGGUUGUGGACCCAUCAGCCUACCUGGAGACAAAAACUGCACUUACUUUAGGCACUUCACCCCAGGGCAGGAUGCUGAGAUAUUCGAAUAUAAAACACAAAAAGAGUACAACAUCUCUGCUGCAGCCAUCGCCAUCUUCAGUCUGGCCUUCAUGAUCCUGGGGUCUCUGUGUUUGGUGGGAUCGUGUACCGGAAAAGGCAAAGGAAGAGACUACCUUCUUAAACCUGCUGGCAUGUUUUUUGCCUUUGCAGGUCUCUGCUGCUUUAUCUCACUGGAAGUGAUGCGUCAGUCAGUCAAACGCAUGAUCGAGAGCGAGGACACAAUUUGGAUCGAAUACUACUACUCCUGGUCCUUUGCUUGUGCCUGUACUGCCUUUGUCCUUCUAUUCCUGUCAGGCAUUUCCCUCCUCCUCCUCUCCAUGCCCCAGAUGCCCAGGAACCCAUGGGAGACGUGCAUGGAUGUGGAGCCGGAGCAAGGUGAAUGAUGACAUGGACAGGCAGCUGCUGGCCAACAAUGAGGCUGUCGUUUGUUUCGAGUACAGAUAAUUCAUUCAUUUUAAGAAUUGGUCAUCAUUCGGUGUUUUUGGAUCAUAGUCAUCUUCCUAAACCCAACUGAGUGGGCCUUUUUCAUGCAUCUAGUCGUUUGUCUUAUCCUGUGUGCCCAGCCAAAGUGACAAAACUCAAAUCACUUUACUGUACUACUCUGUACAGUAUAAGUUGUAGACCAUGUUGAAAUCGGACUUAACACUCAGCUUGCUUUCAGUCAGAGCAGAAGCUGCCAAUGUGGCAUUUGCAGACAACUGAACAUAGUUUUAACAAACUUCCCUUUUCAUGUACAGUACAGCUUAUAUUUCAUUGCUGGCAUACUUGAUAAAACAUAUAAGUUAUCGAUAAUGUGACCAGAGUCUUACUUGGGCUGUCGAGUGUCAUUAAUAUCCAUUUCUUUAGAAUAAACACUCAAACGUCCCAACCUUCGCUGGCAUCAAGGUAGCUUGGUUUCAUGUGCUGCAUCGUGUAUGAUACCUUGUACAUAACUCAUGUUCUGAUGUAUUUUCUAUGGCAUCGCUCAGCAAUGUCAGUUUGUCUGUCUAGUAGUUUACACGUCUGGAUGUUUUAUUGUAAGGGCCUUUACAGAUGAAGAAUUGUCACUUUUGGUUAAGAAAAGGUUUAAAAUUUUGCCAUGCGGGAAAAGAUUCAGCUCCCGCAGGCACCCAUGUCUUUGACCUGUUGAUAGUCUCCAUGUCAAGCUCAUCAAAGGUCUAUGUUCAUUCUUGAACACAGACCUUGAUUUUAAUCAAUUUAUAAACAGCAAACACGUUAAAAAAAGGAACAAAAAUUAAUAAUUGGUUGCUUUUAAUGGACAAAAGUAGCAGGCUUGACAGUCACCUGACUUAUCAUUUAUCGUUCAAGGUAUUUUUUACGUGCGAUUGUUUUGGGAUGAAUGUUAAAAUAACCCAACCAAUGAGAUAACCUGCAUCCAUUCGACAGAAAGCGAACUAAAAGGCUUCAGCUUGGUUUGAUGAAGCAGAAAUAAAUGACGUCACUGUCAGUCAGAUGACUCGUGAGGAUGUGAAACUCUUAAAGCCCCUCCACGUUUGUUCUCCACGUAGUUGGACAGACUGACGUUAACCAUGCGGUGUAAUGUAAAAGCAGACCGCAUUCAUUCUCCUAGAAGUACAAGCGCCCAUUUCUUCAGCUUGCUCAAGAAAGAAAAGUAGUUGAGUCAAUUUCUUCUUCUUUCUUUAUUGUAUCACUCAUGACUUAAAGCGCCAGCCCAUUGUUUGGAGACAUCAACGCAAUCACUGAGUGUGUAGAUGUGUCCAAACAUCUGGCUAUUUCUGUAUGUUAUAUAAAAAAAUACUAAAUGGAGAGAUUAGGUGUUAAAAUGACCGUUCUGCACUAGUUAGUGCUUGUUUUUAUCUUUUUCACUUGAUACAGCAUGCAGUUACUGUAAGUGCAUGAAUACAUUGGGUUUCUCCGUGUGUCUGUUACAUGCUACUACUUUGUAAAGAAAAUAAAAUUUGAUAAGCUUUUGAA